AUGGAAGGAGAUAGAGACAAAAAAACUGGAGCAAUGAGGUGUACGUACACAAGAACGAAGAUCAAAACAGAUAACCCUCUCGAAACUAAGGAAUCUACAGUAAACGUCUUACUCGAAGAACCAGACGAUCCAGAACUAAAACAAAGCAUACAACGAAUACACAAAAAUAGAUUCCCGGAAAUAAUCCAGCUUAAAGAAGACUACGAUGAAAUGGAGGAAACAACAAAAAUUUGA